CUCCUCAGGCCCUCGGAGUGGCAGUCCUGGGGCCUGGCAGCGGCCAUGGAGCCUCUGGAGACUCCCGUCAAGGAUGGCAUCCUCUACCAGCAGCACGUCAAAUUCGGCAAGAAGUCCUGGCGGAAGGUAUGGGGUCUGCUGUAUGCAGGAAGCCCAUCAGGUGUGGCACGGCUGGAGAGCUGGGAGGUCCGGGAAGGUGGCCUGGGGCCAGCAGGGGACAGGCCUACAGGACCCAGCCGGCGUGGGGAACGGCGAGUCAUCCGCCUGGCAGACUGCGUGUCUGUGCUGCCGGCUGACGGCGAGAGCUGCCCCAAGGACACCAGCGCCUUCCUGCUCACCACCACAGAGCGAAGCCACCUACUGGCCGCACAGCAUCGCCAGGAAUGGAUGGGCCCCAUCUGCCAGCUGGCCUUCCAGGGCACAGGGGAGUGUUCCUCAGGCCCAGGGGAGAUGGAAGCUUCCAAGAGGGGCCUGGUCCCCAUGGAGGAGAAUUCCAUCUACUCCUCCUGGCAGGAAGCAGGCGAGUUUCCAGUGGUGGUGCAGAGGACCGAAGCUGCCACCCGCUGCCAGCUGAAGGGGCCCUACCUCCUAGUGCUAGGCCAAGACACCAUCCAGCUGAGGGAAGCCUCCAGCCCCCAGGCCCUCUACACCUGGCCCUACCGCUUCCUGCGAAAGUUCGGCUCUGACAAGGACGUGUUCUCCUUUGAAGCUGGACGCCGCUGUGACUCGGGCGAGGGUCUCUUCGCCUUCAGCAGCCCCCGAGCCCCUGACCUGUGCAGGGCAGUGACCGCUGCCAUUGCCCGCCAGCGGGAACGGCUGCCAGAGCUGGCUGGACCCCGGCCCUGUCCCCUGCCUCGGGCCACCUCCCUGCCCUCACUGGACCCGCCAGGAGAGCUUCGGGAAGUGCCCCUAGGGCUGGAGCCGCCCAGCUCUCGGAGGGCACUACUAGCAGAUCCGGGCCCUCAGAGCCUGCCUCCACAGCUAAACCCGGUGCCCCGCGAUGAGCCGGUGUCUGGGCUCUAUGCAUCAGUGUGCAAGCGGGCCAGUGGGCCCCCAGCCAACGCCGAGCACCUCUAUGAGAACCUGUGCAUGCUGGAGGCAGGCCCCGUGCUGCCCAGGGACAAGGACCCGGGGCAGGAGGAUUCCAGCCGCCGCAGCCCCCUGGCCAGCCCCAUCUACCACAACAGCGAGGACCUGGGCUGGCCGGGCCCCACCCAUGACAGCAGCCUGGAGGCACAGUACCGGAGGCUGCUGGAACUGGAGCUGGGCGACAGUGAUGAAACUGCGAGCUCUGGCCGCCCCAGUGCUCACACGGGCUUCAAGGCCAAGCUGGUGACGCUCCUGAGCCGUGAGCGGAAGAAGGGCCCGGCCCCCUGUGACCGGCCCUGAAAGUCCUGUGUGGCUCUGGGACAGGAGAAGAGAAAGGUGCUCUGCUGUUCCCGGGCCAGGGCCAAUAGUGGACAUCUGGGACACACCCCUGCAUCCACGCUGGCCCCGGGUGGGUAAGGCAGGCAGGCUGGGGGGGACCCCACCCGCCAUCCCCCACUGCCAUGUACAGUGUAGAGAUUUUCUGGUAAUAAAACCUCCCAGCUCUGC